AUGCGGAAGAAGGGGCGGGCGGUGCCGGAGUGGCUCAACAGUCCAAUUUGGUCCGCGACCCCGCCCGCGCCCGCCCCGCCGGACCCCUACGGCGUCGACCUUGCCCCGCCGCCGCCCCUAAAGCCGCCGCCGCCAGCUGUUGCCCCUCCCGUACCUCCGCCGCCGUCGUACGAGCAGGCCGUAGGGGCGGGUGGUGGCCGAGGGGAUGAGGAGGACGAGGGCGCCGGGGCGGUGAUACGGGCGCAGCUGCUCUCCGACUUCAAGGCCGCGCUGUCGAAGAAGGUGGUGAACAUGGGAGAGCUGCGGCGCUUAGCCUGCCUCGGCGUUCCCGACGGCGGUGGUGGUGUCCGACCUGUUGUCUGGAAGCUUCUUUUGGGGUAUUUGCCAACUGAUCGUUCCUUGUGGGCUUAUGAGUUAGAAAAGAAGUGGAGUCAAUAUAGUGCAUACAAAGAAGAGUUUCUUCUAAAUCCUUCAGAAAAACUACGAAGGAUGGAGGAAACAAAGCUGUCGAGAAAGAAAGAAUUAAAUAUUGAGAGGAUUGGCUUUCUUCCGAGAUUAGAAGUUACUAAUGAAGAGCAUCCUUUAAGCUCUGGUAAAUCUAGCUUGUGGAAUCAAUAUUUUCAGGAUUCAGAGAUACUGGAACAGAUAGACCGAGAUGUAAAGCGAACGCAUCCUGAUAUUUCAUUUUUCUCAUCAAAGUCUAACCAGGAAUCUCUGAGGAGGAUUCUAAUUAUAUUUUCAAAAUUGAACCCCAGUAUAAGAUAUGUGCAAGGGAUGAAUGAAGUUUUGGCACCUCUAUUUUAUGUAUUCAAGAAUGACCCUGACCCAAGCAGCUCAGCGUCAGCUGAAGCAGACACGUACUUUUGCUUUGUCGAAUUGUUGAGCGGCUUUAGAGAUAACUAUUGCAAGCAUCUUGACAGUAGCAGCGUGGGUAUCCGAUCUACACUUUCGAAAUUAUCACAACUAUUGAAGCGGCAUGAUGAGGAACUAUGGCGUCACAUGGAGGUCACCACAAAGGUUUACCCACAAUAUUAUGCGUUUAGAUGGAUCACACUGUUGUUGACAAUGGAGUUCAGCUUUAAUGUGUGUAUACAUAUCUGGGAUGCUAUCUUGGGUGAUCCAGAAGGCCCAUCGGACACAUUAAUGAGGAUAUGCUGUGCCAUGCUCAUCCUAGUCCGGAAGCGCCUCUUAGCUGGAGACUUCACCGCCAAUAUCCAGCUGCUGCAACAUUACCCAGCCACCAACAUCGAUCACCUCCUCCACAUCGCCAACCGGUUGAGAGGGACCGUAGCCGGCUAG